AUGUCAUUGGAACCACUUUUACCUACUACUAAAGCUGAUGAAAUAGAUCACAAAUAUAUAGUAAUAAGGUUUUCAGAUGAAUCUCUACGUGAUCUGGAAUUAGACAUAACAAAUGUACCCUUUACGAACAUUAGCACGAAAUGGUUGCGGAAUAUGUGUCGAAGUCGAAGACCAGAGAAAACAGAGAGGAAACGGUUAAAAUUUAUUCGGAAUGGUGUUAUAUUGAAUGCUACCUCGGGCAUAGCUAAUGAUUUGGCCAGAUUUUUCAGGAACAACAGUACUGAGAAUGGAGAUAAGUUUUAUGUGCAUUGUAUGGUGGGCGUGGAUACGUUAACUGAUCGUGAAUUAGCAAACGAGGACGAACUGGACGAACGAACUCAGUCGGCAAAUUCAACUACUUCACAAGCAAUUGGUUUUGACAGACUGAGAGCAGUGGGAUUCUCUGAGGAAGAGAUAGAUAUGUUCAGAGAACAGUUUAGACGCACGUAUGGUGACUUACAAAAUUUAGAUACAGAUUCAAGUAGCACAGAAGUUAAUGGAAAUGGGAAUAACGGUACUGGAAAUGUAGACAUUAGAGAACUAGAAGAACAAUGGAUGGAUACAGGUGUAAAUCGGUCUCCGAACGGUAAUGGUGUAAACGAUCCAAAUGCUGAUAAUUUAUUUAAUUCAGUAUCGACAGCCAAUUUAAAACAUAGCACUGAUAUAUUAUUAGGGUUAACUGUCGGGUAUACGCUUGGACUAUUUGGCCUAUUGUUGAUGAAAGUGGAUAAAAUAUUUAACAGAAGACAAAAAAUGGCUAUUGUUAGCGGAGUGUUCAUUAAUAUGAUGUUUACUCUAGCGGUAUGA